AUGGCGCCCAAGAAGAAGGGAAACAAGAGACAGGAGGAGGAUUGGGAAGCUGAACUUGGCGAAUCUGCCGCCGCUCCUGCGACCGACGCACCUGCCGAGGCCAACGGUGAUGCCGAUGCCAACGGUGAUGAGGACCAGAUGGGAGGAGGAGGCCUUUUGGCUGCGCUGAAGAAGAACCGAUCGAAGAAAGCUAAGAAGGGCAAGGCAGUUGAUAACGAUUUCGUGGAAGGAGAGGACCCUACACAGGCAGACACCAAUGGCGACGCUGCCGUUGACUUUGCCAGCAAAGCGCCAGAAGAGGGUACGUUUGAUGAUGAAGAUGAUGUCUUUGCUGGAAAACCCAAGAAGGGUAAGGCUGCGCCAGCUCCCAAGAAGGCCGAGCCCGAGGAAGAUGCGGAGGAGGGUGGCAAAGUAAAGUCUAAGAAGGAAAAAGAAAAAGAAAAAAAAGAGCGUGAGAAGCAGAGAAAGAAGGAACAGGCUGCGAAGAAGAAGGGUACUACGCCCGCUGCUCCCGCCAAGGAAGAGCCAGUCGAGAAGGCUGUUGAAGUUAAGGCUGAACCCACCCCUACCCCAGCCGCCAAAGCCGAGCCUGCUGGCAAAAAGAAGAAGCUCCCCGCACAUUUGGCUGCUAUUCAGAAACAACAGGAAGCGCUCAGGAAAGCACAGGAGGAGGAAGAGCGCCUGAGAGCCGAGGCGGAAGCCGCGGAAGCCGAACGUCUUCGCAAGCUCGAAGAAGAAGAGAAGAAGAAGGAGGAAGCCCGUCAACGCAAAAAGGAGAAGGAGAAGGAAAAGAAGGAGCAGCUCAGGAAAGAAGGCAAACUCCUUACCAAGGCUCAGAAGGAGGCCAAAGAACGAAAUGAGUUGCGUAUGAAGCAGAUGUUGGCUGCUGGUGUAGGCCAUGUCGCUGGUCUUGCAGAGAAGGGCGGCGAACCCUCUGAAAAGAAGAAGACGGUUGUGACAAACCGCAAGAAGAAAGGGCCGAAGAAAGACGAGGUGGAUCUAGAGGCUGCUGCCGCCGCGGCUAGGGCACAACGUGAAGCCGAGGAUGAAAAGCGCCGAAAGGAGGAAGAGGCUUUGGCCAAAGCCCAGGCAAAGGAAGUUGAGGAAGUUGAGGAAGACUGGGAGGCAGCUGCUAAGGCAGAUGUUGCUGAAGACGAUGUGAAGGAUAGCUGGGAUGCAGACUCUGACGAGGAAGAUACUGCCAAACGGACAAACGGAACCACAAAGGACGACGAGUCAGAGUCAGAGUCGGAGACGUCUUCCGACGAAGAAGACGAAGAGGCUACCGCUACUCAGAGAGCCAUUGCCCAGAGGAAAGCAGAGGCUGCUGAGCGACGCAGGAAACAACACGAGGAAGCUCUCGCUGCUCGAUCUAAGGACGAUCUCCGAUCUCCUAUUUGCUGUAUUCUCGGUCACGUCGAUACCGGAAAGACCAAGCUUUUGGAUAAGAUUCGACAGACCAACGUCCAGGAAGGCGAAGCAGGUGGUAUUACGCAGCAGAUUGGUGCUACUUACUUCCCUGUCGAUGCUUUGAAGCAAAAGACUGCCGUUGUGAACCCGGAUGGUGCAUUCGAGUUCAAGAUUCCUGGUCUUCUUGUUAUCGAUACACCUGGUCACGAGUCCUUCUCUAACCUUCGUUCAAGAGGUUCAUCCCUUUGUAACAUCGCUAUCUUGGUCGUCGAUAUUAUGCACGGCUUGGAACCUCAAACUUUGGAGUCCAUGCGUCUCCUCCGUGACCGCAAAACGCCUUUCAUCGUCGCACUGAACAAGAUUGAUCGUCUUUACGGAUGGAAGAAGAUUGAUAAUAACGGUUUCCAGGAGAGUUUGGCUAUGCAGAGCAAGGGCGUCAUCAAUGAAUUCAGAUCUCGUGUUGAGCAGACCAAACUUGCCUUUGCCGAGCAGGGAUUCAACUCCGAGCUUUACUGGGAGAACAAGUCUAUGGCUCGUAACGUCUCUCUUGUGCCUACUUCUGCGCACACAGGUGAGGGUAUUCCUGACAUGCUUAAGCUUUUGACUACUCUUACUCAGGAGCGUAUGACCAAUUCCCUCAUGUACCUUUCUGAGGUCGAAUGUACAGUUCUUGAAGUGAAGGUCAUUGAAGGUUUGGGUACAACUAUUGACGUUGUUUUGUCGAACGGUGUCCUCAGAGAGGGUGACCGAGUAGUGUUAUGUGGUCUGAAUGGACCUAUAGCAACGAACAUUCGAGCAUUAUUGACACCUGCACCACUCAAGGAACUUCGACUGAAGUCUCAAUAUGUUCACAACAAGGAAGUCAAGGCAGCUCUUGGUGUCAAGAUUGCUGCUAACGACUUGGAACAUGCCAUUGCCGGUUCCAGGUUAAUGGUCGUUGGUCCCGAUGACGACGAAGAGGACUUGGAGGAAGAGGUCAUGUCUGAUCUCGAGAACUUGCUCAGCAAGGUCUCCAAGGAUCAGCGCGGUGUAUCCGUGCAGGCAUCCACUCUUGGUUCCCUUGAAGCUUUGCUUGAGUUCCUUAGGGUCUCCAAGAUUCCCGUGUCUAACAUUUCCAUUGGACCCGUGUUCAAGCGUGAUGUCAUGCUGGCGGGCACGAUGUUAGAAAAGGGGUUCAAAGAGUACGCCGUCAUGCUCUGUUUCGAUGUCAAGGUUGACAAAGAAGCUCAAGCGUACGCAGAUGACGUGGGCGUCAAGAUUUUCACAGCUGAUAUCAUCUACCAUCUGUUCGACGAUUUCACCAAGCACAUGGCAGAGUUGACCGAGCAGAGGAAGGAAGAAUCCAAGAUGCACGCGGUUUUCCCUUGUGUUCUCAAGACCGUCGCUGUCUUCAACAAGAAAGACCCCAUCGUCGUCGGUGUGGAUGUUGUUGAAGGUAGCUUGAAACUGUUGACACCUAUCGCAGUCGUCAAGCAGAAUGCAGCUGGCCAGAAAGAAAUCAUCCAACUUGGAAGAGUAUCAUCCAUCGAACGAGACCACAAAGCUAUCCAGGUCUGCAAACGUGGUCAACCCUCCGUCGCCGUCAAGAUCGACGGCGCUAACCAACCCUCCUACGGCCGACAACUGGAAGAAAGCGACACUCUCUACUCCGAAAUUUCACGGAAGAGUAUCGACACACUAAAGGAAUUCUACAGGUCUGACGUUACCAUGGAGGAAUGGGGUUUGAUCAAGAAGAUGAAGCCGCUUUUUGAUAUCCCUUAA